CACAUUCAAUUCAUACAUACUACAUAAUUCAUACAAAUGGCUUUGUUUGUUAAGAAAUUGGUCGUCUUCCUCCUACCGAUCCUUCUUCUUACUUGCUCUUCCCAUGCCAACGAUAACCUCCCUCAAGUUAGGGUAGGGGAUCGUAAAUUGCUUGAAACGAUGAUCAAUGGUGUUGGAAAGCAGUUGCAUAAACGUAAGUUUGCUUCGGGAGUGAAUCAGUUAUCCACAUCUACUACUACCAUGUUGACGGCCAAUGUAAAACUACUACAGGAUAGCACUCGACUGGAGAAUUGGAUAAAAGUGAAUACACAAGCUGAAGAUGCGUCAUCUGAGGUGUCACAGAAGGUAGCAGAAACUAUUGUGAUGAUGAUAGGAGAUAAGUUAUUUCAGGCCAAUGGUAGAAAGCAGUUACGUGUCGGUUGGACAGUAGGAAAAUGGAUUUACAAACUGGAUAAAAAGUGUGAACAGGUUGAAAAAUAUUUAAACAUUGCAUGUGAGCAUUCUACGUUAACAGAUGAUAUCCCUGGAAUGAGUUGCGUCUUCUUAGUUGCUGGCGAUGGGACACAAAGUACUAUUUGCAACGAGGGCGUCUUAGUAAAAGAAAACAUCCCUUGCCAUUAUUCCCAGGGUACCGUUUCUACGUCGUUGUCUGUAACAAAAAAUCCUCUCAACGACUGUGCCAUUAAUCAAGUACCCUAGCUGCCUAGCAAUCAUCAAAUGCCAUCGAUGGUCUUGUCUUUGUGGUAAUGUAUUUUUAUUCUGAGGAAUUUACAAGUGUUGUCU